UCAAUGUACAAUGGGAGGCACAUCUGGACCGGAAGUUCUCAUCUUCAAAAGGUUCCAAGGGCAUUGGAAAAAUAUUGAAGAAGACAAAUUUUCCCCUGGAGUGGAUGAUAUUGGAGUGCGAAAAGCCCUGCAAUACAAUAUGGCCGAUAGUCUUGCUUUCGCUGAAGAUCAAUUGAAGAAAGAAAUCGUUCGCGACGAUUACAAAGAGUUUUUGGAAUUGAUAAUCCUGUUCCUCGGUGGAAAUCUAAAGAAAGGGAAUCGAUUCCGAGCUUUGGGUCCCAUUCAUCACGCAAGAUGGAUGGCUAAAGCGAUUUAUUCGCUGAAAAUGUUUUUGUUUAGAGACCAAUUUCAUUUGACAUCUUCCGAAGAAUCAGGGCUCAGAGAAUUAUGCAUUUUUAUUGUGGUGCUGUAUCAAAAGGCUUGGUUUACCGCGUCCAAUCCCAUUACAGCACCAAACAAUGACUGGCAAUUGCUCAAAAAAAUAGCUCAAAAUAUUGAUACUGUUGGUUCCGUUUCUUCAAAAAUUUGCAAAGCGGUAUUCCAUAAAUUCGAAAAACAUCUUUGGUAUCUUUCGGAAGAAUUAAUUGCGUUUGCUUUUUUCGAUAAAAACGUAUCCAUUGAAAUUAAAAGAAAAAUGUGCCAGGCUCUUAAAACCCAUUCUGCUUUCAAUAGUGAAAGAAAUCCACGAGCAAUUGAAAUUAAAGAUCAAAGGGCGGUACAAGAGCUAGAUUUAGAUUCAUUUGUCAAUGAAAAAACGAUCAACUUUUUUAAAAUUCUCACAAUAGAUAGUAGUUUUCUGGAUAGUGAUCCAACGACAUGGGAGACAAGAGAGGAUUUUAUUAAAGCUUUUGAAAUCGUCAAAUCUCUCCAUGUCACAAAUGAUAUUGCUGAGAGAAGUGUGGCACUCGUGAGUGAAUAUAAUAAUUUGCUGACGAAAGAUGACAGCAAACAGCGAGCACAAUUAAUUGUUCAGAAAUUUCGAGAAAUGUCUCCAAAUUAUACCAAAGAUGCACUUAAAUUUUCAUUACAGACUUAUUUAAAUAAUAUAGAACUGAAACCGUAAUAUCAUUCGUUAGGAUUUAGUUCUUGAAUAUUUGAAUAUACCAUU